AUGGUAGUAAGACUACGCUUGGCUCGUUGGGGACGGAAAGACGUGCCGUUUUACCGUAUUGUAGCAGCGGAUGCUCGUGCUCCACGUGAUGGCAAACACCUUGAGAUUCUUGGCACGUUCAACCCGAUUGCCGCAAGUGAUGGUAUUAAGGAGAUACGUGUGAAUAAUCAACGUGUGCGGUAUUGGAUGUCAGUGGGUGCACAGCCUUCUGAUCGUGUGGCGCAUCUUUUAGGACUGGCUAACGUCCUGCCUAUGCCUCCCACUCGUCAGUAUACUAAGAAAAGUGUACCCAAGAAGGACCGCGUGGCCAAGUAG